AUGCGAUUUUUGUCGUAUUUAUUGCUGAUGAUGAUGGCAGAGGUUGUUUUGACUAAGGAAGGUGUAAUUGCUGGUGGUGACAACACAUUGAACAACUCUGGCACUACAGCAAACAUUCGACAAUUGCAGUUACCCGAGUUCACAGAUCCUGUUAUUAUCGUUGGUGGUGGUUUGGCUGGUCUCUCUGCUACACUUGAGGCAAUACACGACGGCGCAAAUGUUAUUCUUGUCGAAGGUGAAAAGGAUUUGGGUGGUAACAGCCAAAAGGCAUCAAGCGGAAUAGCAGCUUGUAAUACGGAAGCACAACGUGUUAGGCAAAUACACGACUCAUCAGAACUGUUUUAUUCCGAUACGAUGUCAGCUGGAGAUCGCGAAAAUGAUCACAUAUUAGUUGACCAAUUAGUACGCCAUUCGCCCACUGCCGUACAAUUCCUCAUCGAUCAUGGGGUUAACUUAUCUGACAUAAACCUUUGUGGUGGACAUUCAGUUAAGAGAGUACACUGGAUACCGCAACCGAAGGAAGGCAAACCAGUAGCGGUUGGUGUCAGUAUUAUCAAAGCGCUGAAGGAAAAACUUCGCAUGCAUGAAAAAGACCAUCCAGAAAAAUGCUGGAAUUUAAAAAUAUUUUCGGUGCGCAUAUUAUUGGGGACCGAAGUAGUUGGGCUGGUCACAUGGAACGAUUUUGUGACCGGUGUGCGUAUUAAGAAUGGCAGCCAGAUUGGUAAUAUUUUUUAUUCAAAUUUAAAUUAA